CCCAGUAGUUUACCGCACGUGUUAAAGUUUAGAAAUAGCCAAUAGAAACAUGUUGACAACAUGCCAUUCAUUCAAGUGAAACUUUAGCGCUGUCAUAUUAAAGUGAAAUCAAGUAGUUAUUGUUGUCAACUGUGCACGUAGAGUGAAAACGUAAACAUUUGAGAUGAUGAUGGAAAGAACCACGAGCAACAAGCGUUGUCACACAUUUAAAUUUGAUUUCGGCCCUAUACACCUAAAUUUAAACCCAGUUGUAACUGUUUUAUCGGCCUUAGUAAUCUGGGGAUUGGUUGUUUGGUGUGUUCUCGACCCAAAAGGAGCCAACAAUGAUAUGAAAACGAUUAAGACAUGGAUAACUAGCACUUUUACUUGGUUCUACAUUGGCACAGUUAAUGUGCUACUCGUCUUCCUCAUAUACCUCUAUUUUUCGAAGUAUAGCAAUCUCAAAUUGGGUAAACAGGACGAAGAACCAGAGUUCAGUGAUGGAACUUAUUUCACAAUGUUGUUCGCUGCAGGCAUUGGUAUCGGCCUGUUUUAUUUUAGUGUAGCUGAGCCUGUUGGACAUUACUCGCCGAAGAAACCUUACGGAAAUCGUUACUGGGGGAGAUACUCAGAUAAUCAAAGAGCUCAAGAUGCAAUGAAUCUCACAUUAUUUCAUUGGGGUCUUCAUGGUUGGGUGGUGUACUCUAUUACUGGAUUGCUUUUGGCGAUCGUGACAUACAGAAAAGGACUUCCAAUGACCGUUAGAUCUUGUUUUUACCCAUUGAUUGGUGAUAGAAUAUUUGGAUAUUUUGGUGAUAUUAUUGAUGUUUUUUCCGUUGUCUCCACAAUGUUUGGAGUAUGCACGAGUCUUGGUCUUGGUGUCAUGUCACUAAAUGCAGGUCUUCAUCGAUUAAAUGGCAACAUUAGUGAGACACCAACCAACCAAAUCUUUAUCAUUUGGGGAGUGACUUUUAUUGCAACUCUGUCUGUAGUGUCUGGUCUUAAAGUUGGCAUUCGUCGUCUCAGCGAACUAUGUUUCUGUCUUGGUAUGUUCCUCAUGUUAUUUGUAUUUUUUCAUGAUGACACCUGGUUUCUACUUAACCUUUAUGUCCAAAGUCUUGGUUAUUACUUGCAUUCAAUGCUGCUCCUGGGAUUCCAUACAGAUGCAUUUGCGCAGAUGGGAAACUCUAAUGAUGGCUUUGAAAAUUCUAAAUGGAUGGAUAUUUGGACGGUCUUUUACUGGGGAUGGUGGGUUGCUUUUUGUCCUUUUGUUGGCAUGUUCAUUGCUAAAAUCUCUAGAGGUCGAACAAUCAGAAACUUUCUAAAUGCCACUCUCACAGCUCCUGUUUUAUAUAUUUUCAUGUGGUUUUGCAUAUUUGGUGGUGCAGGAUUGAAAAUGGAGCGAGAUGCAACUAAAGCUGGAGUUGACUGCAAUGUAUCUUCGUUUGUUAAAAUUAAUGAUGACAAGAUUUAUAAGCUGUCAUGUAGAUUGUACUCUGAUCGGUUUUUUGACAUGCUUCAACAAUACGGAGACAAUAUUGGUUUUGUGCUCAAUAUCGUCGCAGUCAUCAGUAUAAUUCUUUAUUUUGUUACAAGUUCAGACAGCGGCUCUCUUGUUAUUGACUGUUUGUCAGCCAAUGGUAGCCCAGAACCCCCCGUAGCACAACGUGUAUUUUGGGCUUUGACCGAAGGUGCUUGUGCCACUGCUUUGCUCAAGGCUGGUGGCGAAGAUGCUUUAUAUGCUCUGCAAACCGUAUCAAUUGCAUCUGGGUUGCCAUACCUCGCUAUUCUUCUUCUUAUGUGCGUUUCUAUUUGGCGUUGUGUUAAAGAGGAAUUUGGUGAUGUUAGUCCAGAUUCAGCGAAGUUUAAUGUCAGUUUAUUUGAUGUGCUAGAUAACCCAUCUGUUAUUUCGCUGAAACGAUUCGUGAUAGCAGUUUUUGCACCUUGGUUACCAGCAGGACGAGCUGCGAAAAAGUUUUACAAAAGAAGUGGUUGGUUCAACAUGGCAAUUAUGGCAUUAUUGUUUUAUGCUUGGAUUUUAUGUGAAAUUCUUCAUUUUGUCGACUCGGCUUUGCCUCAUGUUGGUCGCAUUUUUCUUUGUGGUUUUUUCGCUUACGUUACAGGAAUACGCUCGUCCAUACGACAAGAAGAGGAAAUUCCAGGAAGUAUGCUGUCUGACGCAUGCACAGUGGUAUUUGUGUACUUCUUAGCAGUUGAUCAAAUGGAGAAGCAUGUGCUGAUCGGGGAAAAGCAAAAGAAAGAGGAUCCCAAUGUUCCAUUGGAUAAUCAAAAGAUGGAUAUAAUCCUGGAAAAUCCCAAAACUAAAGUUAACGAAUCAACGACGUUUGUUUGAAAUGUUUGUUGACGAAUGUUGUGACGAUUGCGUCUCUAAAAUUUUAUGUGUUCAUGUACCUCAGUAGCGUCCUCCAAUGAUUGUUUAGAUGUAUGAUUUAAGAUGUUGAAAGUCAUGUAAAAUAAAUUAUUUAGUUUGGUGUUUCUCAAAAUGAUUCCCUCAGUUAUUUAAUAGUUAAAUAAAAAUUUACAGUUGUUGUUCAAAA